AUGGCCGGCAGGGCGGGCGGCGGGCGGCACGCGAGGGUCACGGGCGCGGAGCUGCAGGACGUGCUCAACUUCUGGGAGCGCAUCGGUGACCUGCGCGGGCGGCGGCUGAUCGACGUCACGCACGACGUGAAGCAGUUGCGGCAGUCCUUCAUCCCGCUGCCCUUCCUGCCAGUGCUCAAGCACGCUGGCACGGCCCCGCUGCCACCAAGCAGGCGCUGGCAGGAGGCCAUGAACGAGCGGGACCCGUCGUGGUGGAAGCGCGUGCAGCCGAAGCUGCACCGGAGCAACCACAUGGUGCGCUCGAACCGCGACCCGCACGGCUCGGCGGCGACGGAGAGCCUGAAGUGGUAUGGUGUGUCGAAGAGCGACAAGUACAUAGACGAGCGCGGCCUGAUGUGGCCGAGGCGCAAGAAGCGAUGA